UGUAUCACAGCUCUAGAACCCCAGAAUAUCAACUGGCAGAUUGGCAUCAACCGUCAGGCGCAUCACACAGACAAGUUCUCCAGCCGGGAUCUCAUCCUCCGCAGAGGCCAACCCCUGGAAAUCUCACUCUCCUUUAACCGCCGUCUGGGCUCUGGCGAUAGUCUAGAGUUCACAGUGUCCACAGGGCCUUAUCCGUCGGAGUCCACAGGAACGAAGGCCGUGUUUCCUCUUUCCAGUGAGACUAGUCGUGGUGGUUGGAAUGCUGUGCUCAAGGGCAGCAACAACAACAUUCUCACCAUUACCAUCUCCACUCCUGCCAGCGCCCCCAUCGGCUUGUACACACUCAACACUCAGAUCUCCUCCCAGGGCCGUGUCUCCACCGUGACACUCGGCACCUUCAUACUGCUCUUUAACCCCUGGCUGCAAGCGGACGAUGUCUUUCUGAGUAACCACGCUGAGAGACAAGAGUAUGUUGAGGAAGAUUCUGGUGUCAUCUAUGUGGGAAGCACAAACCGAAUUGGCAUGGUUGGCUGGAACUUUGGACAGUUUGAAGAGGAUAUACUGAACAUCUGCCUCUCCAUCAUGGAUCGGAGUCUGAAUUUCCGUCGGGACCCUGCUACAGAUGUGGCCCUCAGAAAGGACCCCAAAUACGUCGGCCGUGUGUUGAGUGCCAUGAUCAAUAGCAAUGAUGACAACGGUGUGAUUGCUGGAAACUGGAGCGGCAAUUACCCAAAUGGCCGGGACCCAAGGAACUGGAAUGGCAGUGUGGAGAUCCUCAAGGAAUGGAAAAAGUCUGGCUUCAGGCCGGUCCAGUAUGGCCAGUGCUGGGUCUUUGCUGGUGUCCUCAACACAGUGCUACGGUGUCUGGGGAUUCCCUCCCGGGUGAUCACCAACUUCAACUCAGCUCACGACACAAACCGCAAUCUCAGCGUGGAUGUGUACUAUGACCCCAUGGGCAACCCUCUGGACAGAGGGAGCGACAGCGUGUGGAAUUUCCACGUCUGGAAUGAAGGCUGGUUCGUGCGGAAUGACCUGGGUUCCUCAUACAAUGGCUGGCAGGUGUUAGACGCCACCCCACAGGAGAGGAGCCAGGGGGUCUUCCAGUGCGGCCCCUCCUCGGUCCACGCCAUCCGCAAUGGGGAUGUGGACCUGGAUUUCGACAUGCCCUUUGUGUUCGCGGAGGUGAAUGCCGACCGCAUCACCUGGAUCUACGACAACUCCACUAGCAGCCAAAAGCAGAAUUCCUUGGAUACUCGCUCCGUUGGCAAGUACAUCAGCACCAAGGCUGUGGGCAGCUACUCUCGUGUGGACGUCACGGACAAGUACAAGUACCCAGAAGGUUCCAGUGAGGAAAGAAGUGUCUUCCAGAAAGCUCUAGGCAAGCUCAAACCCCGGGCAACAUUCAACCCCACGUCUGCAGGGGAUGUGGUGGAAGAGGAGCGUGUGGUUAGCAUCUCUGGCAGGUUCAAGAUCACUGGCGUCCUGGCAGUGGGCAAGGAAGUCAGCUUGGCCCUGCUACUCAAGAACCGGAGCAGCGAGAAGAAGACAGUGAGCGUGAACAUGACGGCUUGGACCAUAGUCUACAACGGCACGCUGGUGCACGAGGUGUGGAAGGACUCCUUCACCGUGACCCUGGACCCCGAAGAAGAAACUCAGCAUCCCGUGACCAUCUCAUACGCUCAGUAUGACAGGUACCUGAAGUCAGACAACAUGAUCCGGGCAACCGCCAUCUGCAAGGUCCCCGAGGAGGCCGAGGUGGUGGUGGCACGUGAUGUCAUCCUGGAUAACCCCACCCUCACCUUGGAGGUGCUGGACCAGGCGCAGGUGCGGAAGCCCGUGAACGUACAGAUGCUCUUCUCUAACCCCCUGGAUGAGCCCGUGAAGGACUGCGUGCUUAUGGUGGAGGGCAGCGGCCUACUGCUGGGCAACCUCAAGAUCGAGGUCCCUACCUUGCGCCCCAAGGAGCGAUCCCGGGUCCGUUUCGAGAUCCUGCCCACCCGGAGUGGCACCAAGCAGCUACUGGCUGACUUCUCCUGCAACAAGUUCCCAGCCAUCAAGGCCAUGCUGUCCAUCGACGUGGCCGAGUGAAGCGGGG